UCGUUGUUCGGUCUCUUUCGUUCAUUUUCUUCUUUCACGUGUCUGUGACACUUUUCUUCUUCUCUCUUUCGACUCUGGUCUGGUACCAAUUCCCCACCAACGCUUCAACGACAUCCUUUACUUUUUCUUCCUUUGUAAUCCCCCUUCACAUCUUUCACCAUGCAAAUCAAGAACGUUCUCGCCGGUGUCGUCGGCCUGGCUGUCCUGGCUGAGGCUGGCAACGUCGAACGACGAUCCCUCUUUGGUCGCGCCUUGGAACGACGACAGCGCGGUGGCAACAACGGCAACAACGGCAACAAUGGCAACAAUGGCAACAACGGAGGCAAUGGUGGUAACAAUGGUGGCAACGGCGGCACCACUCUGGAUGCCAACCUCAUCCAGACCGGUUCCCAGCAGGACGGCAACAACCCUGGUGCCGAUGGCCAGUCUGCUUCGGCUACUGACAACGCCAACUUCAUCAACUUCUGCCAGGGCAAGACUCUCACCAACGGUGAGCAGGUCCGGACGGGCUCUUGCAAUGGUAUCCCCAUGGGCAACAUCCCCUCCACCGAAAACAUGGUUUCUUCCGUCUUCGUGAACCCCAAGAACGGCGACAACGUUGACGAGAACACCACCUUCGACAUUCAGGUCCAGAUGCUCAACUUUGCCCCGGGCACCUUCACCAACGCCACCUCCACCUACUAUGCGGCUCCCCAGGACGUUGACGGCAACGGCAACAUCAUUGGCCACACUCACGUCACUGUCCAGAGCACCGGUGACUCUCUGAACCCCACCCAGCCCUUGGACCCGAAGCUCUUUGUCUUCUUCAAGGGUAUUAACGAUGCUGGCAACGGCCAGGGUCUGCUCUCUGCCACCGUUACCGACGGCCUGCCCGCCGGAAACUACCGCCUGUGCUCCAUGUCCUCUGCUGCCAACCACCAGCCUGUGCUGAUGCCCGUGGCUCAGCGUGGUGCUCAGGAUGACUGCGUCCGCUUCACCGUUGGUGGCAACGGCAACGGCAACAAUGGCAACAACGGCAACAAUGCCAACAACGGCCAGAACAACAACGGCAACAACGGCCAGAACAACAACGGCCAGAACAACAACGGCCAGAAUGGACAGAACGACCGGCAACGCUCAGGAUGUGGAAAGGGUGGUGCCUCUGCUGCCAAUGCCCUCGGUGGCAUCGCUGCCCCCCCGGUCACCCAGUCUGGCAACCAGGACCGACCCUUUGAGGUCCAGGGCAACACCUUCACCACCAAGGAUGCUGCCAACCAGCGCGCCUGUGACAUCCAGAACAACCAGUGCGCUGACGCCGCCAACAGCAAGGCAGUGAGCGGUGUCUCGGUGAGCGACUGCCAGAGCCAGAUCGCCGCCUGCGUUGCAGACCUUGCGGCCUCAUCAUGA